GAUAUGCGGUUCCCCUGGCAGUCCACCCAUUACAGCACCCAGAAUAAAGCUUAGGGAUGGACGACAUUUGGCCUAUAAGGAGCAUGGUGUCCCCAAAGAAACGGCCAAAUACAAGAUUAUUUCUGUCCAUGGCUUUGCCUCUACCAGACAUACUCUGGCAGUUGUAGCAUCGCGGAUGGCUGAAGAACUAGGGGUGUACUUCGUGUCUUUUGAUAAACCAGGUUAUGGAGAGAGUGACCCACAUCCAAAACGAACCUUAAAAAGUAUAGCUUUGGAUGAAGAAGAGCUAGCUGAUCAGCUACAACUUGGAUCUAAAUUUUAUGUAAUUGGGGUUUCUAUGGGAGGACAGGUGGUCUGGGAUGCCUUAAGUACAUACCUCACAGAAUUCUUUAUUGUUUCUUUCUACUAUCAAGCUAAAAAGCCUACUACCAGCAAUUUCCACAGGACCAGUGGGCUUUACGGGGUCGCUCACUUCAUCCCUUGGCUCACCUACUGGUGGAACACUCAGAAAUGGUUUCCUCCCUCUAGCGUUAUUGCUCAAAAGGCUAAGUUUUCUCGCCAAGAUUUGCAACUUAUAUCCAAGUUUAGAGAAUCACAAAAUUCCAGGGAAAACGUCACGCAACAAGGAGAAUUUGAGUCCUUCCAUCGCGAGAUGAUGAUUGUAUUCGGGAAUUGGGAAUUCGAUCAUAUGAAUCUGAAGAAUCCUUUCCUCGAUGGUGAAGGCUCUGUCCAUUUAUGGAACGGCGAUGAAGAUGGCUUUGUGCCUGUUACACUGCAGCGCUACAUUGCUGAAAGGCUUCCUUGGAUACACUACCAUGAAGUACCAGGUGCUGGACAUCUAUUUCCAUUUGCUGAUGGUAUGAGCGACGCUAUCUUGAAGGCCCUUCUAUUAGGGGAGAAGAGCCUAUGGCAGAGAUAA